UCCUCCACCUUCUACUACUUGCUGCGCCAUCCGAAAGCCCUCGCAAAGCUGCAGGCCGAAUUGCGCGAGGGCUUCUUGACAGACAACCCCCUCAAUGACGAAAAACUCUCUCGUCUCCCCUAUCUGAACGCCUGCAUCCACGAGAGCCUUCGCCUGCAGUCCCCCGUGAACGACGUGGGUGCGCGGAUUUCGACCGGCAUCGAAGUGGACGGUGUCUACGUGCCCCGAGGGGCAAAAGUCUUCGUGGAUAAGUACUCGAUUCACCGCUCCGCAAAUUACUUCCAAGACCCCGAUCAAUGGGACCCAGAACGAUGGACCACCCCGACUGCUGGGUCGGAUCUGGGCGCCUUUUCGGCCUUCUCGGUGGGCACUCAUGCGUGUCCUGGCAAGAUGAUGGGGCUGCGAGUGCUCCGUCUCACUGUUGCGAAGCUGUUGAUGAGAUACGAUUUGGAGUUGGCAAAUCCUGAGUUCGAUUGGGAUCGGGAUGCGCAUUGUUGUCAUGUUUGGCAGGACUUUCGCGUGGCUGUGCGGGUUCGCUCGCAAGCAAGGAGUGUAGGUUGA